UUGACGGUCCCUCGGCAGCAGGGUGGGGUGACUAAAAUCCAGCGCCCGGAGAAAAGCGGAGCGGAAAGAAGUGUUUAAUUCCAAAUAUUAAACAUAAAGUUGGUGUAAAGUUGUCGACUCGGUACACGUCCUGGAUUAGCAGUUUAUUAGGGGAUGCUGGGUGUGUCAGAAAUGACGGGCAGCAGCAAUAUGGCCAAUGCCCUGGCGAAUGCCUCAUGUGAGCGCUGUAAGAGUGGCUUUGCCCCGGCGGAGAAGAUCGUCAACAGUAACGGCGAGUUGUAUCACGAGCAGUGCUUCGUGUGUGCUCAGUGCUUUCAGCAGUUUCCUGAGGGACUUUUCUACGAGUUUGAAGGCAGGAAGUACUGCGAGCAUGAUUUCCAGAUGUUGUUUGCUCCUUGCUGUCACCAGUGUGGUGAGUUCAUCAUUGGCCGUGUGAUUAAAGCCAUGAACAACAGCUGGCAUCCUGACUGCUUCUGCUGUGACAUUUGUCAGACCGUGUUAGCUGAUGUGGGCUUUGUGAAGAACGCUGGCCGUCAUCUGUGUCGCCCGUGUCACAAUCGGGAGAAGGCUCGUGGUCUGGGGAAGUACAUCUGUCAGAAGUGCCAUGCCAUCAUCGACGAGCAGCCCCUCAUCUUCAAGAACGACCCCUAUCACCCCGAUCACUUCAACUGCAGCAACUGUGGUAAGGAGUUAACAGCUGAUGCUCGGGAGCUGAAAGGAGAACUCUACUGUCUCCCAUGUCAUGAUAAAAUGGGAGUGCCGAUCUGCGGAGCCUGCAGAAGGCCUAUCGAAGGCCGUGUGGUCAAUGCCAUGGGCAAGCAGUGGCAUGUUGAGCAUUUCGUGUGUGCUAAGUGUGAGAAACCUUUCUUGGGUCAUCGCCAUUAUGAAAGAAAAGGUCUGGCCUACUGUGAAACUCACUACAACCAGCUCUUUGGUGAUGUCUGCUACCACUGCAACCGAGUGAUCGAAGGAGACGUGGUGUCAGCUUUGAACAAAGCCUGGUGUGUCAACUGCUUUUCCUGUUCUACCUGCAACACCAAGCUCACUCUGAAGAACAAGUUUGUGGAGUUUGACAUGAAGCCUGUGUGUAAGAAGUGCUAUGAGAAGUUUCCUCUGGAGCUCAAGAAGAGGCUGAAGAAGCUGGCUGAAACCGUGGCCCGCAAGUAGACCUCACACCCACAGGGGGGCGCCAGAGACUCCUGCAGAUCACAGCCUGUGCAUUUCUAUAGCUUCUGGUGUUAGUUAUUCCUUCACUACUCAGUAUUACUCUUGUAUUUGGGGAAAGUCCAGCGGAUGAGGCAGACGUGUUCCGCUUAUUGACCUGAGUGCCUCUUUUAUUACAAUUCAGGAAGGAAUUUCUGUCUUCUUUUCUCCUGUAUAUGCAAUAAAAAUAUAAUCUUCACAGUAAUCAGUAUGUGAUAUAAUGUGCACGCUAGAAUGACUUGAAUCGCCCUUGUAACGGGAUACACUGCUUUUACUGUAUAGCCAAAGCUGUUUGCCUUUCUGUAGAAUCCUAGUUUAAUAACCGUAUAUUCGCAACAGGAAGUAAAAAAAAAAACCCUGUUUAAGACGUCUUACAUUAAAUGAGCUUAAAGUAUAUUCUAAAUCAAAUUCUGCCAUAACACUAUUAUAAUAAUAAUAAUAAUAAUAAUAAUAAUAAUAAUAAUAAUAAUAAUAGGUUAUUGUGCCUUUGGAAAACUAUUUUCUAAAUUAUCUUAAAUACAUUCAGCAUUCUCAUGUGUUUCAUGGCCAUUAUUUUGUACCCACAGUUUGUGUACCAGGAUUAUAUUUCCUCGUGUUUUGUGUCCCGUGAGCAAAAGUGUGAUGUUUUUACAGUAAAAUCUUGGGACCAGAAUUUUUUUUUUUAAAAAAUCUCCCUGUUUUAAAUUUGUUUAAAUAUAAGUUGUUGAAUAUUUUCUAGUUUAUUCUUAUUUUGCAGCAUUAAGUUUUCCCACCAGUGAUUGUACACAGAAUAAAUCUUUUGAGAAUUGAUAAUUAUAUGUUCAUCUUAUUUAUGCCAUUCCACAAUAUCUGUAAUGUGCUGUUUAAUCAAAUGCAAAUAAAAUACACACUGGCUAUUUUC